AUGAUUACGGCUAUCACUUUUGUUACAACUUCCAACUCUUGUAGACAUGAUGAUCAACUUAUGAUUGUUAACUUUAGACAACUAUCUUCAAUGACUGGAAUUAGGAUAUCAUUGUUUCAAUUGACAUCCGCUCUAUUAUCAAUGGCAUCAUCAGUCGAUAGAGUUGAAUGGAGGAAUGUACAAUACGAUUAUCGGCUUCUAUUUGAAACAUCAUUCCUAGAUAUCUUGAUCGAUCACUAUGACCUAAAUAUCAAUCAAGUCGUCGACGACGACAAUACACAGAUGAUGAAGUCAAUAAUCGAUCAAUACUCGAGAUAUAUCAUUGUAGCAAUCAAUACAAUGAUUGAUAAUAGACAAGAAUACUUUAUGUUUGGUCUUAACAACGAUUUGUUGAGAUCAUACAACAACAUCUGUUCAGUAUUUGGUGCACAACGAGUUGAUCAGAGGCUAAGUGAUUGGUUCCUCUCUUGCCAAUCUCCCAUCGAUGCCACGCCCCAAGAGGCCCUGAGGACCACACACUGCAAACUGUCCUAUCUAUUGAUGAUUCAAGACAAGCAUCACUCCCAGCUGCUUCUCAACAACAAACAACUUAUAUUCGAUUUCAUAUUAACAAUAUUUAACAAAUGGUAUCACAUCCAACUGGCCGAUGACUCAAUGUACAGGCUCAAUGACAUUAUGGAAGUGGUGCUGGACAAGGAUAACAUAGAGCAACAAAGACAAUUGUCGUUAUUCUUUGAGAAUGACAAGACUCCACUCAAAAGUGCCGAGUUGCUAAUUCUCCACUCUCCUCAAUUAGAGUAUACCUUCAACAAGUAUUUCAAACAAUCCGAUGGUCGGAUUAUACGCGGUCAGCACAAUCUCAAUAUUUGGAGCUCAGUUAUCAAGAAGAUGGGUCCAUUAUUCGUCAAGAUCUACGACCAGCACGAGAACUUCAUCAAUUCAAGAAUGCGACCUCUGGUCCCAAUGGGAUGGUCAUUUUUGGGUCUCCUGGAUGGGAUCACCAGUUGCUUCAAGGCGGCAGAGCAGCCGCUCCCCACAUCGUUGGUGGACAGACUCAACCUAAUAACCCUACAAGAAGUUUCCAGAUCAACAGUUCCUGGAUGGGAGUGUUACACGGAACUUAUUUCCAGAGGAAUGAUUGGUGUGUUUGAGAGCACGCGCAUUGACAAGUUCCUUCAAAUCGGCUUGUUGUAUCUGAUUUGGCAGCGUCAAGAGGAUCACUACCCAUUCAAUGAGUACGUGAUCAAUAACUACCCAUUGCAGAUCAAGACAUUGUUGGAUGGCUUGCUCCCAAACCCAAGACGAGACAUUCUCAACAUCGACCUACUCAUCAAGUGUUGUCAACGAUCAAUGAUUGAUCAAGGACAAACACUCAUGGUUUUAUUGGGCUCCAUUAGACUUGAUCAAUCAUCAUGGGCAAUGAUCAUCAAUGCAUGUCCAAAUCAAACAGAGGCCUGGACUAUUGUCAUCGACACUGUAUUUAGUCAGGACUUUCAUGUUGUAAAGUGGACCGAUGUCUUUGAACUUAACGACUAUCUAUUGUGUGCUGUUGAAUGUGACCAAGGCAUUGACAUCAAUAUCCAUGUGCACCGCUUCCUAAAGCAUGCAUAUUGCCUUCAAGCCAUUGGAUUCAAUCGAUUCAAACAUUGCCAACACAUGUUACUUGGCCAUUGUAAUCAACAGCUAGUAGGUCUCUUCAAAGAGUUCAAGAAGACUCAACUGAUCAUCACAAAACGGCCACAACCUCACAUGUCUUGGCACACACUUCCACCACUCAUCAUCAAUAAGAUUAUUGAUGAAUGCAUUCUUGGCUAUGGGGAGACAAUCAAUCAAUCAUGGGUGGUGUCAUUGGCCAUGGUUUGCAAGACCAUUCACAAGGCAUGUGCAUCGACAAUCACA